AUGGCCGGCGACGGCGCCAACAACGCCACCACCCCCGGCUAUGCCAGCGCCGGCGGGUUCUUCCCGCCGCCGCUCCCCUCGCCCGCCCCGAGCACGGCAUCCACCCGUGCCGCCGCCGGGCUCCCGCACCCCCGGUCGAAGCCGCUGCUGCCCGGCUCGCGCAAGGAGGACUACGCCCGCGAGUACGUCGGCCGGCGCCUGCUGCACAUAUCCCGCCGCUACGUGAAGAAGCACGGCAUCCCGGACCCGGCCGAUCUGGUCGCCGCCUACAGCAGCUUCGACGAGGUGUGCGCCGAUCUCGACCAGGUCGUGGAUGUGCUCUGGUUCUCUGGCACACCGAGUCUGCAAGUCCCAUACCUACUCAACAUCGCCCUCGCCAUGACCGAGUACCUCCCCGCCUUCCCUGCCUCCCCGCGCCCGACCUUUGCCCUUCUGAGCAAGCUGGACCACUGCUUCGCGAGCUUGCUGUCCGGCAAGGACGUACGGACCGGGGACCCUCUGCCCGGCUUCGAGCGCGGCCUGGCCAGGGGCAUGACCCGCACCGACAUGGUACGGUGCAAGAGUCUGGCCGACGAGACGCGCAUGCUGGUUGCCGUCAAGAUGAGCGGCGAGGCGGAUGUUGACACAGCGUGGUUUCCAGACGAGUACGACCAAGCGCCGGCGACGGGCAAUCCGGGGAAGCGGAAAAUGGCAGAUAUCCACGGGGAGGAUGAGGAGGAUGAGGAGGAUGAGGAAGGCACAGAGCAGCCCGAGUCGAGAGGAUCCACCGUUUCCCCCAAGAGGCAGAGAACAGACUCACCCACAAUAAUGAGGGCCAUUUCGCCUGUCAUCAAGCAAGAAGACAACUUUGAGUCUCCUUGGGCAACUGGAAGCUCACGCACAGAGAAUGGAGCAGAGCCAGCCAGCAACAAUGGCGGACAGUUUCACUGGGCUGUUGAAGAUGAUGAGGAUGACGACUCGGACGAGGAGGUGGUAGAUCGCGAUGAGGAUCACGUCAUGCAUGACGCCGCCGAACUGAAUCAACAACUGACACCACCGCCAACUGGAUCGGAGCCCAGCGAAGUGGAAAGGCCGCCCAACAUUGACGAGGCUCUUCACCGGGGAGAGGAUGAUGACGACGAAGAGGAGCUGCACAUGAGUGUGGCCAAGGUGUACGAGAAGACCAUUGUGCAGCUUGGGAGGACACUCGGCGAAACCCUGAUUGAUGACUGA